AUUGACCCUCUGAAUGGCUGAAUCCCAUCGCUAACGACACCAACAACAACAAAGCUGAACUCACUGACUGACGCCACUAUAUAGAGCUGAGAGAAAUGGGCAGAAGAAACAAACAAAGCCGAAGCAGGUGGAGUUCAGUGGAGCUGGAACUGGAGCUGUAACAAUUCGCCACAGCCUCCUCCCUCCCCCCUUCUCUUCUUGCAUGCCGAUCGCCUCCAAGCUCGUCUACUUCCAGCGCCGCCCCUCGCCGGCGCCGCCGGACGACCCGGGCCCCGAGCCGCCCGACCCGCGACGCCGACCCUGCCGCGACCACCACCGCCGCCGCCGCCGCAGCUCCCUCUCCUCCUCCCACCACAAGCCGGGCCAGGACCAUGUUCCCGGACACCAAAGGGAUGCUGCUGCCAAGCCUCUGGGAUCAGUUGGAAACAUAGCAGAGCAUGCAGCGGGCAUGUCCUCCAGCACAAGGCUUCACCGCAGCAUAUCAGACCAUGGCCGGCUUCCUGAUGCCGUUCAUCAGGCCAGGGAAAGGCUCCUUCAGAGGCUCAACAGUGUGGAUCUGUCAGGAAGAAGGCAAAAGACAUGGCCCUCAGAAUCAUUCUGGGCUGGACUAACUCGCACCACUGACGCCGGUGUGUCCACCUCUUCAGACAGCAUACUGGGCAGUCUAACUAAUUGCUUCCAGCCCAGUGAACCCGUCGUGGCCAGCAAGGUUGAAGAAGGCGCCGUCAUCAUUAACGCAGAUGAGUGUAUGCCCAUCACAGUGUUCCCCAAACUGGCAUCUGAGCUGCAGGAAGCAGAAGACAGUGAAGGCGUGGAGGCUUCUUCUCCAGCUGAGUGCUCCAUAUGCCUGGAGAGGUGCGCUGACUCAGGCGACGGGCUCAUCCAACUACGCUGCAGGCACAUCUUCCACUCGGCCUGCCUGGACCGGUGGCUGCGGUCCCACGCCGACUGCCCCUACUGCCGCGCCACCGUGCGAGUUUGCUCCUGACAGCAUGAGGAUGAGACUGAAUGACAGAAUGAGAAUGACAAACGUGUCCAAGGCUGCAAACUACGGUUUACUGAACCUCCUCCUGUCUGAGGCUUGAGCUUAACCCUGUCGCCGCUCUCACCCCUUGUUGUAACUACUAGUAUAUAUGGUUUUCCCUUACCUUACCCGUUGAGGUAGUAGCAGUACUGAACUCUGCGGCUUCAGCAAUUUAGUAUGGUAUGGUAUAUGUGUGUAUCUAAUCUAUGCUCACUGGCUGCUGUAAUGUAACUGGAUACCAUCAGAGAAAGCAAUAAGCUGGCAAAUGUUACGCUGCAUAAUUGCCUUCUCCAUGGAA